AUGACGGCGAUGGAUCCAGAAUGCGCCGUCUACAGAGACCUCGCUGCGGAUGUGCUCGCGAACAUCCUGACGCGUCUCCCGCCCAACACCCGCCGCCGGCUCCGCCUCGUCUGCCGGCACUGGCGCGACGUUGUCGGCACGCGCACCGCCACGAACCUGCAGAGCAGGGCUAAGACACUCGUCGUCGCCGGGGGCUCCGCGUACGUCUUCGGCCACCUAUCGACCUCCACAAAACCACUGUGGGCGGACUACCGCACGUCAUGCCGCUAUGAGGGCAUGAGCGUCGUGGGAACCUGCAACGGCCUCGUCUGCAUCUGCGAUGACAGAGACAUCGGCGACACCAUCGUCGUGGCCAACCCUGUCACCGGCGAGGCGCUGAGCGUCCCGCCGCUGCCACCGACGCGUGCCAUUUACGGAAGCAGGUGCUACAUUAGAACCUGGCGCGACGCCUACAGCUUCGCGUACCUCCCGACCUCGGGGCGGUACAAGGUCGUGCACGUCCCGUGCGCCAUCGGCAAGUUCGUGUCCGAUGCGGUGCACGUGUUUACGCUGGGCUAG